CUCGCGCACUACGCGCGCGGGGACGGUGCGUACACUCACACUGGACUCUACACAUAUAUAUAUUGUAUCCCCUAGUGCCCGGCGGCGCGUACGCGGCGCUGCACGCGGGCGGCGCGCACGCCGUGUCGCUGCCGGCGCUGGCCAGCCUCGCGCACUACGCGCGCGGGGACGGUGCGUACACUCACACUGGACUCUACACAUAUAUAUAUUGUAUCCCCUAGUGCCCGGCGGCGCGUACGCGGCGCUGCACGCGGGCGGCGCGCACGCCGUGUCGCUGCCGGCGCUGGCCAGCCUCGCGCACUACGCGCGCGGGGACGAGGACGCAGAGAGCUUGCUGGCGAGCCUGUGCUCGCGGCCGAGCGUGUCGCGGUACGUGGUGCACACGGGCGGCGCGCGGGCGCCGUGCGCGCCGGCGGGCGCGGUGGUGACGGCCCCUCCACUCCCCACGCUGCUGGUGCUGUGCGCUGACGGCGCGCUCAUCGCCAGAUCUCUAGAACCGUACGAUUUAGAAGAACAGCUGUACAAAGAAAUUCAACUGAAAAAUCCCGCGCUUGAACAAGACGACCUGCGCAAUAUGAUGAAAGAGCGCCAGAAGCUGACGUUCUCGUCGAUCAUCCAAGACAUCCUCACGCGGGAGGUGUCGCAGCCGAUCCUGCACACGGACCGGCGACACGAGCCCAGCCCCAAGGAGUGUCUCGAAACGCUGAGCUCUGCGUGCGUGCGGCUGCGCGGCGAGUACGUGCGCAGACUCGCGCGCGCCGCGGCCGCGCUCGCCGACAAGCUGCGCGCCGUGCACACGCUCGCCGAGCGGCAGCGGGGGUGGCUGCACGCGCUGCAGAAAGAAAUAGACGACGUACAACUACAAUCGGUCGUUUUGGAAGAGAAGCGUCUGCUUGCGGAGAAACACCAGGAUGAUAUUAAAUAUAGGUGUUCCGCAGUGGUCCGCGGCCUGCGCGCGAGCUGCCGCGCCUCGCCCGCCGAGCGGGAACUCCUCGCCGAGCUGCACACCUACAAGCGGUGCCGCGAACGGUUCGCCGAUCAGAUACAGCAACUCAAACAGCACUCCAAACGGAACGCUGAAGAGAUCAAUAAAUGGCAAGAAGAAUACAAGAAGAAAGACGCAGCUUUGGGCAAAACGCAUAGCGACUCGAUCCAAUCUAUUCUACAACAGCAAACGCUCCAAGUGUCCACGCUUAUUGAAGAAACGAAGCUACUGAAAGAUCAACUCAGCAUAGUUUAGAUAUUGUAUUAGUUUUGUCGGCCUCGUUUCUUGAACCUCCAGUUGUUAUACUUAAUUUCUUUCAUAGUUUUAAUUACAACACUCAUUAACUUAAUGUUAAUGAAUACUCCCAAGAAAAAUGCAUAUUUAUGUGGGGAAGUAUUAGGAAUUUCGUUUUUAGUUAAUAGUUGUUAGAAUUCUUUGUAUGUUGAUUAUAAGAUUAAAGAACUUGACCAAUUUUUUUCUAUAAUUCUUCAUUUUGUGUAUGGAUAAAUUUAACUGACAUUUAAACUGUCAGUAUUAACUGAACACGUGUGCAUUCUUGCAAAUGUUGAUUACCGACUUUCAUUUUGUAUUGUUUUGUAGUAAUUUAAAUAAAGUAUUAAGACCAA